AUGAUCCCAGUGCUCGUGAAAAGUGAAGAUAUUGUGAAAAACGAGGAGGUUGAUAUUGAAACACCAAUCAUCUGGACGGCUACACCAGCCACAGAUUCACGGACGCCUACUUAUUUCAUUGAAAUGCUGGGCGAUGGCGGAGUGGUGACCUCGUCUCAAGGGGUUCCGAUGAGCUCGGGAUAUGUGUCCGCGCCAUCAUUUCAAUAUAUUCCAUCCACUCGGGUCCACACCCAUGCCACUGAUCUCCAUAGAAUACAAAAUUUAACCCAAUUCCCGUUGGGCUACUAUGGUCACCAAAUGGGGUACACGGGCGAGCACGCGAUGCCAAUCAGUAGCCAUCAUUUUGAUCCGGUGGCAAGUACAUCUGAAGAAGUGAACUGCCCAUCGAUGAGUGUGAUGAGAACGUCAGGAAUGGGUGUCCCUCAUAGCGUCCCUCCAACCGAUCAUGCCACUGCCACCGAUUCAGCUGGGCACAUCACCCAUGUGUUAAUGCUAUACGAAAUAGGGAGUGAAGAUAAAGACUACACAAAGAAAGCGAUCGAGAGUCUCGUGAAGAAACUCAAGGACAAACGGCCUGAGCUCGACAAUCUCAUCAUGGCGAUAACAUCCGCUGGAAAAACGCCGACCUCAUGCGUGACAAUUCAACGAUCUCUGGAUGGACGUCUGCAAGUGGCUGGCAGAAAGGGAGUACCUCAUGUUGUCUACGCAAGGAUUUGGCGUUGGCCGAGUGUGAGUAAAGCUGAACUGCAAAAAUUGCCCUGUUGUGCAGUGACGCCGGACAAUCAGGACUUUAUUUGCAUCAAUCCCUAUCACUACGAGCGUGUCGUCGCCCAUACAUUUGAUAUGACAUCGGCUCGAGUCGAUCACAGCCUUGGCGCAUCUUUUGGCACAGCUACUCCCUCCUCUCAAAACUCAACUCCAAUGUUCGCCACGAGUAUGGGCACUGCUCAACUAUUAGCAAAUCAGUCUGUUGACCCGGUUCCAAUGGAUCACGGAAUUCCCUAUCAGGAUUGGUCAAUGUCCACAUCGUUUGCUCAAAUCAACUAUCAAAGUCAUGUCUCGAUCAAUCCAGCUCACUCACAACAACAACAACAACAACAACAACUCGUUCAAGCGAUUCCUGUGGCCGACCUCUCAAUGAUUCAAAUUCCACAAAUGCUUCUUGGACCAUUCCCAAAAUAUUGGGCAACAAUUACCUAUUAUGAGUUGGACACGCAAGUUGGAGAACCGUUCAAGGCCCUUGCGUCGGUGGAAGGACGUGAAGUGGUGAUCGAUGGAGGAAUGGAUCCACUCGGCGAUCGACAGGGACGCUUUUGUCUUGGAGCAAUCUCAAAUGUGCAUCGAACUGAAGCCAGUGAAAAGGCCAGAAUACAUAUUGGACAGGGGAUCCGUCUCUGGUGGCACGAUGAGCAACUCUGGAUCGUGAUUCGCUCCGAGAACUCGAUCUUUGUCCGAAGUCCUUAUCUUGAUUAUUGUGAAGGGAAACCGCUGGGCUCAAGUGUUCAUCGUUUCACAAACUAUUCAGCUCCAGAAAACAGUGCUAUUAAACUUUUUGAUCUCCGUUGGGCUUAUCAUCAGAUGAGAGAGCAAACGGCAUGCGAAAGACAAGCUGUUGUGCAACAAGCUGCUGCUGUUGCCGGUUUUGCGCCACCGCCAUCUGGGCUAAGUUCGGUGCCACUUUCCGAGUUAUCGCUGGUCUCUGGAGCUGACGAGAUGCAGCGCGCUUUCUGCUCGAUUGGGAUUUCUUUUGUGAAAGGCUGGGGAAAUGGAUACAAUCGCCCUACCAUUAAAGACACUCCUUGUUGGGUGGAAGUUCAAUUAAGUCGUCCUCUUCAAAUCCUCAAUGCGCUCCUUAAAGAAGGAUUUAAA